CACAUUACGAAGAUAAUAAAAUUUGCUUUCCUCAAAAUGAAAGAGUAAAACGAAAAGAAAAGAAAAAGAAUCUAAAUUCGAAAACAAUCUUAAUAAAAUAUCUUCAAAGGAAAAAAAAUAAACGCACGCAGAAUCAAUCAGAAGCUAGCGUUAAGUUAGGGUUUAUAUCAUAUCGUCAAAUCAGCAUCCGUAUAAUAGCCAGUCAGUCAGUUAGUCAGCCAGCCUUCCACUCACACGCCAAUAACAGCUCUCUAUCGUAAGAACAAUGGUGGUGAAAGAAGAGAGCUCGGCGGCGACGCCGCCAUUGGAGCUGUUUUUGAAGAUCGGUCUGGAUGAGAGAACUGCCAAAAACACCAUCGCUAACAACAAAGUUACGAACAAUCUCACUACCGUCAUUCACGAGGCGGGUGUUAAUGAAGGAUGCAGUAGAACAGUUGGAAACCUCCUUUAUACUGUUGCUACGAAGUAUCCAACAAAUGCACUUGUACAUCGGCCUGCUUUGCUCGAAUAUAUUGUCUCUUCCAAGAUUAAAACGUCAGCUCAACUAGAAGCUGCUUUUUCCUUUUUAUCUAAUACUGCUUCAGAGAGUUUCAAGUUGAAUGAUUUUGAAGAAGCAUGUGGUGUGGGUGUUGAGGUCUCUGCUGAUGACAUUGAAAAGGCUGCUAAUGAAGUAUUUGAACAGAACAAGGUGUCAAUUUUGGAGCUGCGCUACCGAACAAAUGUGGGCGAUCUAUUUGGGCAUGUUCGCAAGAGGCUUCCUUGGGCUGAUCCUAAAAUUGUCAAGAAACUCAUAGAUGCAAAAUUAUUUGAAUUACUUGGUGAAAGGACUGCAGCUGAUAAUGAGAAGCCCUCAAAGCAGAAAAAGGAAAAGCCUGCUAAAGUUCAGGAGAAAAAGGUUGCUGAUUGUCCAGUGCAGCCGUCUGAGGAAGAUCUUAAUCCAUUCCUGAUAUUUCCCAAUCCUGAUGAAAAUUUUAAGGUGCAUACUGAAAUAUUAUUCAGUGAUAAGUCCAUUUUGAGAUGUUGCAACACAAAGGAAAUGCUUGAUAAACACCUGAAAGAAACAGGUGGGAAAGUUUAUACUCGCUUCCCUCCAGAGCCAAAUGGAUAUCUACAUAUUGGUCAUGCUAAGGCCAUGUUUGUUAGCUUUGGUCUGGCGAAAGAGCGAGGUGGAUGUUGCUACCUUAGAUAUGAUGAUACAAACCCUGAAGCUGAAAAGAGGGAAUAUAUCGAUCACAUUGAAGAAAUUGUUGAGUGGAUGGGUUGGAAACCAUUCAAGAUCACAUAUACUAGCGAUUAUUUCCAAGAUCUUUAUGAUUUAGCCGUGGAGCUGAUACGAAGAGGUCAUGCAUAUGUUGAUCACCAGACACCUGAUGAGAUUAAGGAAUACAGAGAAAAGAAGAUGAACAGUCCUUGGAGGGAUAGACCUAUUGCAGAGUCUUUGAAACUUUUUGAUGAAAUGCGACAGGGAAUGAUUGAAGAAGGCAAGGCAACACUCAGAAUGAAGCAAGACAUGCAGAGUGAUAAUUUUAAUAUGUAUGAUCUAAUUGCUUAUAGAAUCAAGUUUACUCCUCAUCCACAUUCAGGAGACAAGUGGUGUAUCUAUCCAAGUUAUGAUUAUGCCCACUGCAUCGUGGAUUCUCUAGAGAAUAUCACUCAUUCGCUCUGUACUCUGGAAUUUGAGACACGGCGUGCUUCAUAUUACUGGUUGUUACAUGCAUUGGGUGUUUAUCAGCCUUAUGUAUGGGAAUACUCACGGUUGAAUGUUGCAAACACUGUGAUGUCAAAGCGUAAAUUAAAUUUCUUGGUGACUAAGAAUUAUGUUGAUGGUUGGGAUGACCCUCGUCUUAUGACACUUGCUGGUUUAAGGCGAAGGGGUGUUACUGCAACUGCAAUUAAUGCUUUUGUCCGAGGAAUUGGAAUCACUAGAAGUGAUAGUACUUUGAUACGCUUGGAUCGUCUUGAGCAUCACAUAAGAGAAGAACUUAACAGAACUGCACCCCGUACAAUGGUUGUCUUGCAUCCUCUAAAGGUGGUCAUUACCAACCUAGAACCUGGCUCAAUUAUGGAUCUUGAGGCAAAGAAAUGGCCCGAUGCACAAACUGAUGAUGCUUCUGCUUUUUAUAAGGUUCCAUUUUCUAAUGUUGUAUACAUCGAAAAUUCUGAUUUUCGGAUGAAAGAUUCGAAGGAUUACUAUGGGCUUGCACUGGGUAAAUCCGUCUUACUCAGAUAUGCUUUUCCUAUAAAAUGCACAGAAGUAGUCCUGGCUGAUGAUAAUGAAACUAUUAUUGAGAUCCGGGCUGAAUAUGAUCCUUCCAAGAAGACAAAGCCAAAGGGCGUUCUACACUGGGUCGCUGAAUCCUCCCCUGGGGUUGAUCCAUUGAAGGUGGAAGUCAGAUUAUUUGAGAAACUGUUUAAUUCAGAGAAUCCUGCUGAACUUGAUGAUUGGCUUGCUGAUCUGAACCCACAGUCCAAGGUCGUCAUGUCAAGUGCAUAUGCUGUACCAUUACUUAAAAAUGCCACUAUUGGGGAAAGUUUCCAGUUUGAACGCCUUGGCUAUUUCACUGUUGAUAAGGACUCAACACCUGAAAAACUUGUUUUCAAUCGCACUGUUACUCUGCGAGACAGCUAUGGUAAGGGUGGGAAGUAGGUUCUUUGACCAAGGAAUGUGAUGAGCGAUUUAGAGCAAACACUUUUUGUUAUUUAUCUCAUACGUGUGUAUAAAUUGUUUGAAGAAUUAGUCUUUUUUUCUUACCAUAAACUAUGUACAUUUUGUUUCCUGGAUAGUGAAAUCAUCAUAAUAUACCUCAUUUUGUAAGUCUUA